AUGGCUGCCAUCGACGCCCUCGUGUCCACCGCUGCACAACGACACCACCAGCUCAUCAAGCGAAGCAAUUGGGCCAGCAGAAACCCCGGUGUGGUUCUGGUCUUCUGUAUCGUCUUCAUUGUCGCCGUCGGAAUCGUCGCCCUGUUAAUCUACCGCCGAUGGAUGAAACGGAAAGCAGAGAAGCAAUCCUACGAUGUCGCGUGA